AUGGCCCACAAAAGUCCGCCGCCGCCGGACUCGGGCUCGGGCUCGUUGAAGCGCAAGAGGAGACGGCGCGAGGACAAGCCCGCCAUUUCCGCCCGUCUGUACCUCGACAGCAACUUCAAGGGCGAGGUGGGCGUGCUCUCCGAGGAUCUGGUCCUCGAUCUAUUCCCGGACGCGACGUCGACCUCUGCGAUAGCCCUGCACGCUGCUCUCACGCCAUGGGCUCCCAAUCCCUCGCCUGCUGACUCCCACUGGACGGUCCUGCCCUUUCGAGGCCAGACUGCCAACGAGAAGCCUCUGCCUGCAUCUACAAUUCGAUUUCCGGCAUCCGCACAGGGUACACAGAGCUUUGUCCGCCUCGUUCAGCUGCUCUCGCCCACCAAGACGCUACGUCAGAACAGCGCCAUUGAGGUUCGAAUCAGCGAUGUGGUCCCGCUCCCCCUCGAUACAGUAUUCGUUGCCGUCGACACCGAAGCUCUACAGAAGCUCGACGAGGCCGUUAAGAGAUAUGGUGGUGGAUCAGCGAGCAAUGCGAUCCAGGCCGCUCGCAGGCCGGGCAAGAGAGCGGUUGCAGAUGGACAGGAAGAUGGCGUAUCUGCGGAGAUCGAUGUGAGGGUCAAGUCGUUGGUCAAUGAGGCAUUGGGAUAUGCACAAGUGGUGCACACAGAGGAUUUUCUCCCUAUUCCUCUGGCUCACCCAGUCACCCACACAUCAGCACAGCCCGUGAAGAUUCUGGCUUGCGAACCCGUCUCCCAGGGCAUCAUCACACCGAAGACCAACAUCGUAGUUGUGCCUACGUCAGACAAGAAACAAAAGCCAUACACUAGCAAGUCUAUGCUAUCGCCUCGUCUUGAUGAGGAUUCUGGGGAGGAAGAUACUGCGAAUGAGGCUUUCUUCUCUGCCACGGAGGAGGCUUCCCCGGUCAAACCAGUUGUGACCUCCAAAUCUGCCACCGACAUGUCUAAUACCGACGAUUUCUUGGACUCCAGCGCUGAAGACAGCAACCUCUCAGACGAUUCAGACGACAUGAUUUCUCUUGCUAAGCCCGGUCUUGCCGACAUGCCUUCCGGAUUGAGCUCUGCUCUCACGUCUGCUACGCCGCGACCUUUUGGAUCACGAACGCAUGGCAUUAGUACGCCGGGAUCUGUUUUUUCCAACAUGACGUCCACCACGAUCCGCGGUGGUCAGGCAGUGCGCAGCAAGGUGUUUCGGGCUCAGGGCCUGUAUGAACGCAUCCGCAGCGAGAUGCUCCACCCCAAGCCCGCCAGUGAUGAGGACGAAGAAGCAAGAGUGUAUGUCGACUCGGCAGCGUUGGCUCGACUGGGAUGCUUCAGCGGCGAUUGGGUCAAAAUUGAAGCUGCAGAACACCACAUGUUGCCUCUCAUGAGUGCCUUUGGAAAUUUGGACGACUCUGCACUUCCGCCGUGGCGACCUGUCAAGGUCUACACGCUGCCAGAAAGCAUGUCUAAACGUCCGCCGAGGUAUCAGGUCUUCUCCAGUCGCAAUCGGAGGGACAGCAUCUCAUCACUGGCUACCAACUCUACAGCAGCGGCCACCAUCUACCUUUCGCCCAUAUUGCUUGCCAAUCUGCAGAAUCCCGCCAACAUCAGCAUGUCUCCCAUGCCAAAGAACAAGAAACCGAGCUUGAAAAGACCAAUGACUCCGAGGCCAACGUCCGUGUCCGCACCGCUCCCUCCCACGGCCUCGGAGGUGACUCUGAGAAAGAUUGUCACCCCGAUAUCUACCGAGCGAUCCCUGAACAACACUCUGUUUGCAAACUUGAAGCAGUAUUUCGAGGAUAAGCAAAGAAUUGUCAAACCUGGCGACGUUAUUGCGAUUCAGGUCGACGAGUCGCUGGGUAGGUCAAUCUACGAAGGCGAAGUGGAGCAAGAUGGCAGCAAUGCUGGUGCUCUGUUAUCAUUCAUGGGAGCGGAAAGCACAGCUCGCGAAAGUCAUGCUGCGAURAAUGUUGCAUGGUUCCUGAUUGAAGACAUCAACGUAACACCGUCGGAGGAGUUCGACGCUCCUGACGCUGACACAUGGGGAGAUGCUGCGUUGAUUGACCCUACCAAGAUGACCAUGCGUCAAUCCGGCGACGACAGGCGUAAAUUACCCGCCGCGUCAAGCAAUACAUGGCAAUACUAUCUCGGCGUGAGAAAAAUGCAAGCAAAACCAAUAUCCGCAAGCGCAGCAACUGGAAUGCCAGAAGCGGCUCGCCCAUACAUUUCCCCACUACAGCGACGUCUUCGGGAGUUGGUGUCCGUCUCAAUCAGUCCGCGUGCAGUCAAGCUGGGAAUGCCGCCGCUGACGGUCCUUGUGACCUCCACCCAGCGGAACAUUGGAAAAGCGCGCACGGUCCAGCGAGCAUGCUCAGAUCUGGGCAUUCACUUUUUCCCAAUCAACGCACACGACAUAGCGUCUGAGGGCGGAGCUGGCUUUGACGUCCAGGCGCAAGGCCUUCUCGCGGCGCGAUGCGAGCGAGCAAUGGAUUGCGGCUCGGAUUUCACCGCGAUUUGCAUCACACAUUUAGAGGUGUUGAAUGCGGAUCGCGCUGCUGCGUCACUUAAAGAGGUGUYGGAAACUUGCCGAGUCUUGAUUGCCACGACUACUGAUAUUGACAAGGUGCCCGAUUCCGUUCGUGGACUAUUCACACAUGAAUUGGAAAUGUCGGCACCUGAUGAGGGCGAAAGAGAAGGAAUACUUCGUGAUAUCGUUACGGAAUCCGGAGUUCCACUCGCACUGGAUGUCGAUCUUGGCUCUAUUGCAGUCAAGACGGCAGCCUUGGUUGCUGGCGACCUGGUGGACGUGGUGGAUCGUGCCAUUGUUGCAAAAGAUGAGAGAUUGGAGAAUCUUGCCUUGGCCAAGUCUGGAGAUGUGAAAGGCGCCAUAACUGUCAAGGACAUCCAACUUUCAGGAGGACCAGCGGCCACCUCGGUUGUUCCGGCAGAUUUUGACGCUGCUGUCGACCUUGCCCGCAAGAACUUUGCAGAUGCUAUUGGCGCGCCCAAGAUCCCAAACGUGCAAUGGUCAGAUGUCGGUGGCCUGACGAACGUCAAAGACGCUGUCAUCGAGACCAUUCAGCUUCCACUGUCCAGACCAGAGCUAUUCGCAAAGGGUUUGAAGAAGCGCAGCGGUAUCCUCUUCUACGGUCCUCCGGGUACUGGAAAGACAUUGCUUGCCAAGGCCAUCGCUACAGAGUUCAGCUUGAACUUCUUCUCCGUCAAGGGACCGGAGCUUCUCAACAUGUACAUUGGAGAAUCUGAAGCAAACGUCCGUCGUGUUUUCCAGCGAGCCCGAGAUGCGAGACCUUGCGCAGUCUUCUUCGAUGAGCUCGACUCUGUCGCACCCAAACGAGGCAAUCAGGGCGAUAGUGGUGGUGUGAUGGAUAGAAUUGUUUCUCAAUUGCUUGCCGAGCUCGAUGGCAUGAGUGAUGGAGAUGAGAAUGGCGGAGGGGUUUUCGUCAUUGGCGCCACUAACCGUCCCGAUCUCCUUGACCAGGCUCUGCUCAGACCCGGACGCUUCGACAAGAUGCUGUAUCUGGGUAUCAGCGACACGCAUGAAAAGCAGGCGACAAUCUUGCAGGCUUUGACGAGAAAAUUCACACUUGAUCCAUCAGUCUCGCUCACGCGUGUUGCCGAGAAGCUUCCAUUCACCUUCACUGGAGCCGAUCUAUAUGCCCUCUGCUCAGAUGCAAUGCUAAAAGCUGUCACUCGAUCUGCUCGAGCAGUUGACGAAAAGGUCAAUGCCAUCAACACAGAGCGCGCCUCGCGUGGUCAGAGCAAGAUCUCAGUCGCGUACUAUUUCGAUCAUUAUGGCUCGGACGAUGACUCGGAUGUUAUGGUCACGGAAGAGGACUUCUACCGCGCCAAGGACGAUCUGGUGCCAAGCGUCAGUGUUGAUGAGUUAAGACACUACGAGCACGUACGAAACACUUUCGAGGGCGCGGCGAAGAGUCACGAGGAGGUUAAAGAGGUGCCCGAGGAAGCUUCCGCCCGCGAAAGCAUUUCCACGCGGGACAGGGCAUCCACGCAGGAUAGUACCUCCACGAGGGACAGUAUCUCCACGCGUCCGGAGGAGGGUCCUGUUGCAUUGGUGCGAAAUUCUAACAGGACAGAGAAGACGGAUCAAAAUGGCUCGGGCCUCCGCUCGAGAGCUAUGGAGGCGCUGAAACGGGCGGCGAAGAGUAAGAGUGGCGGUACCAAUGGCAAUGAGCGCCAUAUGCAUGCAAAUCCAGUACAAGCCCCCGUCAGGGAUGGGGAUGGGGAGGACUAUGUGAUACGCACCGAGCGGCUUUCACUCAAUCGCGAACCGGAAAGGCCGUCUUCGAGCAGGGGAAAGGGAAAGGGGAAAGGUAAAAAUCGGGAUGUGGAAGAAAAUUCUGCUGCUGGAGGCCCGGUACAGGACGGUUACACCAACGGGGGGCAGGGCGAGGAUUUGUAUGAUUAA